GCUUUUUGGCUCUCGGACCCUGCCGUAGCGCUCCCGGGAGAGAGCGGCAUUGUGCAGCCUUUGGCCCGGACCGCGCAUGCGCCGUCCUACAUUCCCCCCGCCUGGUGGCUCCGGAGCUGCCGCCGCCGCCGCGUCCCUCCCCUCCCCUCCUGCGGCCGCGCUCCUCCUCGCCGCGGAGGAGGCGGUGGCACCGCCGCCGGGCCCCCCCUUUUUCCCUCCCCCUUUCCCCCCGGUUUCUGUUUCAACGCCGCUUCUCCUCUCCGUGGCAAGAGCUGCCUUUUGAAGCAGCACAUUCAUUCUCCCCCUCAAGCACCAUAAGUCUCAUUUGCCAGCUCCAGAACCAUGGCAACAGAAGAAAAGAAGCCAGAUGCAGAAUCCACCAAAACACAAUCUACUCCUUCCUCCUCAACCAAUCAGAGCAAGCCCGCGCCAGUAAAACCGAACUAUGCUCUAAAGUUCACGUUAGCGGGACAUACAAAGGCAGUCUCAUCAGUAAAGUUUAGUCCUAAUGGAGAGUGGCUAGCCAGCUCCUCUGCUGACAAACUCAUUAAAAUUUGGGGAGCGUAUGAUGGCAAGUUUGAAAAAACAAUAUCUGGUCAUAAACUGGGCAUCUCUGAUGUUGCUUGGUCAUCAGAUUCCAACCUUCUUGUCUCUGCCUCUGAUGAUAAAACUCUCAAAAUAUGGGAUGUAAGCUCGGGUAAGUGCUUAAAGACGUUGAAAGGGCACAGUAACUACGUUUUCUGCUGCAACUUCAACCCUCAGUCGAACCUCAUCGUUUCUGGAUCGUUCGACGAAAGCGUGAGGAUAUGGGAUGUGAAGACAGGGAAGUGCCUCAAGACGUUGCCUGCGCAUUCUGACCCGGUUUCAGCUGUGCAUUUUAAUCGUGAUGGAUCCCUGAUAGUGUCAAGUAGCUAUGAUGGACUCUGUCGAAUCUGGGAUACAGCAUCAGGCCAGUGCUUGAAAACACUGAUUGAUGAUGAUAACCCUCCUGUGUCUUUUGUGAAAUUCUCCCCAAAUGGCAAAUACAUACUAGCUGCAACUUUGGACAACACUCUUAAACUUUGGGACUACAGCAAAGGAAAGUGCCUGAAGACGUACACAGGACACAAAAACGAGAAGUAUUGCAUAUUUGCCAAUUUCUCCGUUACCGGUGGAAAGUGGAUUGUGUCUGGUUCAGAAGACAACCUGGUUUAUAUUUGGAACCUUCAGACAAAAGAGAUUGUACAGAAAUUACAAGGACACACAGAUGUGGUCAUCUCAACAGCUUGUCACCCAACAGAAAACAUCAUCGCGUCAGCGGCACUAGAAAACGACAAAACAAUUAAACUGUGGAAGAGUGACUGUUAAACGUUCCAGCAUCACUUCAGAGACUGUCGGGAAAACAUGUUUUUAAAAAAAAACCCACAAAAAUACCGAAAAAUCCACAUGAGAAUAAUAAAUCCAGUUUGGCGGGAAACCCGAAGAAUAUUUGAUAAAGUGGUUUCUGUUAGUCUUGGCCCAAAGAAAACGUCUUGGCUCUUUGCUAGAACCGGCCAACGUGGUGAAAAACAAACAAAACGAUGCAGUGUCUCCUUUUCUUGCCUGAUCUCUUGACAGACAACCGGAUGGUUCUGACUGCAUUGGAAGUGUCAGCCUUGUUCUGGACACCCCAAAGAUACUGUAUUUAUGGUGGCAUUACUUCUGGGCACUGUUGCUGGGUAAGGAAGAGCUGCCAGUCUGCUUUGUAACAGUAAGUUCAGUCACAAGCAUAGAGAUGUGUGGAAUUUUUUAAAGAAAUGUCUGAAUAUUUUUUUUUUUUUAAUUUUUAUUAUUAUUUUUUUUCCAGAAUGUAGGUUCUAGUCUCUUGGGAAGUUUCUGUAUUGUUUUAAAUAGGAGUCCUGCAUCUUUAAGGGUGCUUCAUUUUAAACACUCAGCUCAAACUUUGUGACCAAAUAAAACCAUACAGUUCCAGAUUUCCCUCCUCCUGCCCCAACUUAUUCCUGUGGUGAAAUCUCCUCUUACCUUCUGUAUAGUUGCUUACCUCUUGUUACGUGUGUUUAAUAGAUGCUGUUUCUAGAGCAAAGUUACAGUUCUGUUAACCAUUAAAAUGAAUCCUGCUUGUAGUUGUUCUCAGCAUAUUUGACUUCUUUUCUCUUCUGGUUAUAAAGCGAGCUCACAGAUCACUGUAAAGUUAUUUCAAUGUACAAAGAAAAAACGAAACAAAACCAAGAACAGACUUUUGUAUCUUGAAAAUCCAUCGUAUGAAAUUGUAUUGCUACUGGCAUGACUCUAUAUCUAUUUCAGCGUUGGUAUUUCUUUCCCUUUUUGUCAUACCCACGUGGUAUUUACACAUCAAAAAAAAAAAAUACCAUAUGCCAUAAUAAAAAGGUGGGAUUUUAUGUGUA